AUGGAUCGUGAAUGUGCUCGUGGAGAUGUUGAACCAACAGGCAGUGGCCAUCAGUCGCCUGGACUAUGGAGGCACUUGGAAGACCACUCGCAUGAGUUCGGCGAUGUUAAGCACUGGGUUGAGCUUGCAAAGUUGGUGGAAGUAGCCAAAUUCCACGGUAUCUUCAUUGCCAUUGUCCUCGGUGGCUAUGAUGUCUACAAUGGCAAUCUUGAUGCUGCAAAGAUCUCUGGCACACAAUGGCCUGUCAACGAGCCACUUAGUGUCGUGAGCGCGAUGGCAGCAGCGACGAAAAGCACCGGCUUUGGUGUAACAGUGUCGACGUUAUAUGAACAAUCUUACCAUCUGGCUCGUAGGUUAUCGACGGUUGAUCACCUCUCGAAGGGGCGGCUGGCUGCUCGUAACAUGGGCUUCAAGGAGCAUGUGACACAUGACGAGAGGUACGCGCAAGCCGAAGAGUAUGUGAAGGUAAUGUACAAACUCUUCGGAUCGUCGUAA